AUGUGCAACCAAUCGCCCAAAACAGGCGUUUCUUUAGAUGAUUUUUCAGAGGAAAUAAUUCUUAAUAAAAACGAAAAUUCUAUUAAAAGCCUACUUCUUCAGGUAGCGGAAGAGUGCAAACGCUUGGGAAAACCUGUAACACUCAGAUUUGCGGGAGGAUGGGUACGGGAUAAGCUUCUUGGAAUAGAAAGCCAUGAUCUUGAUGUUGUUGUUGAUACUAUGUCAGGAUAUGACUUUGCUAUGCACUUAAGUGCUUAUCUUCGCAAGGAUAUGGGCUCUUUGACAAAAUUUCCUCAUAUUGCAAAAAUUGAACGUAAUCCUGAAAAAUCAAAGCAUUUGGAAACAGCAACGACUCGUAUCAUGGAUUUUGGAAUAGAUUUUGUUAAUUUGAGGUCUGAAAAGUACUCUUCUGACAGCCGUAUUCCUAUUAUAGAAUUUGGGACUCCUGAAGAGGAUGCGUUGAGAAGAGAUUGUACAAUAAACGCAUUAUUUUAUAAUUUGCAUACAUCUCAAAUUGAGGAUUUUACAAAACGAGGCCUUAAGGAUAUAAAAUUAAAAAAAAUAGUUACUCCUCUGAAGCCUUAUUCUACAUUCGAAGAUGACCCAUUAAGAAUUUUGCGAUGUAUUAGAUUUGCUAGUCGUUUUGGGUUUAAAAUUGAUUCAGAAGUAAAGCUUGCUAUGAUGCAUCCAGAAAUUAAAAAAUCAUUAUUAAUAAAAAUAAGUAAAGAGCGUAUAGGUGUAGAAUUAGAAAAAAUGCUGAAAGGUCCAGACCCAUAUAGCUCUCUUAUUUUAAUCCAUGAGCUUGGACUAUAUGAAAAUAUAUUUGCAACAGAAAUUCUUGGAAAACCGAAAAAUAAUAUGAAAAUGAUUUUACCAGUACUUGAACUUGUGAAGUGGAUAAUGUAUGAUCAAUCAAAAGACAAAUUAACGAAUACAAUAAAUAAUAAUUCAAAAAAUGAAUUAGAAAAUGAAUCACAAAAUAAAUUAAAUCAAAAUUUAAAUAUAACGUAUUUAUCAAAAUAUUCUCUAACUGAAAUUUUAAAACACAUUCAGACUCAUCCUUUUAAAGCAUAUAUGAGUCUUUUAGGAGAAACAAAAAAUAAUAUAAUUCCAUGGCUUCUAUGCAUUCUUAUACCCUGGAAAAAUCAAACUAUUAAAAUUAAGAAAGUAGAUACUCAAUGUUCAGCUAUCAUAGUUCGAGAUGCACUAAAAAUGAGCAACAUAAUUACUCAUGUUGUUGAAGAUAGUUUUACUUAUUUUCAGGAUGCACAAAAAAUAUCACAUGAAUGUAUGAACGGAAAUGUAAAUAGAUUAUCUUUAGGACUUUUCAUUCGUCUUGUGAAAAAAAAUUGGCCAUUUGCUAUUUUCCUUGGACUAAUAGACGAUAUAAUAACUCUAUAUUUAUCAAAUAUAGAUACAUUAAUGUCCAAUCAAAAUGAAAUAGAAAUUAUGUCAAUUAUUAAUACUUUAGUUAGUAAAAAACAAUCUAUUUUCUUUAGAUAUAAAAAUCUUCUUGAUCAGAUCCAUCAAGAAAAUUUACAGAACGUAUACUCUAUACAACCUCUUAUAAAUGGACACGUUCUUUCAGAAACAUUAGGAUUAAAAGGUCCACAAAUAGGUAUUGCAAUUGAACAAAUCAUUCGAUGGCAAUUAGAAAACCCAAAAGGUACAAAAGAGCAAUGUCUUAAACAAAUUACUUUAUAA